GCUCCUUGAAAUCAACCUUCCUGCUUUAUCACAGUGGGCAAGAAAGCGGUUCAUUAGUCAUACGAUCUGAGACACACAUAGCUAGCUACAUGAGGCUAACCCAUUUCGACCGACUCAAAUGUUACAUGAAUGACAUCUAGCUAACGCGUUAGCGGCUAGGUGGAUGACAAGCUAGCGAUGAUCGUGGUUUUAUUGUUUGGCCUGUCACAACCGUUAUUUUUAGCCAGCUAACGUUAACUUUAGCAUAUUCUUUCUGUCAAUCAUCGAGAUAAACCCAAAUGGCAGAGAACUGGCAGGACGCGACCUGUCAACAGGUGAAGUUGAUAGCAGGUCGCCUGAAUGAGCUUCUUUCCACCGGCCUAGACCUCUUGCACUCAGAACUCGGGGUGGAUUUUGGAGUGAAGCCCGAGAUUCCGCCAUGGUUGAUCUUCUUAGCAGCGUGCAUUGGGCUCGUGCUAAUGGUGGCUAUGUGGGCCUCGGCCUGUCGUGGGCUGUUCAAGAAGCGAGCGACCAUAAUUGAAGUUGAUGAGACUAUUGAAAGCACUAAACCAGCUCCUAUCAAGGCUGCGAGAACAGAGGAACAGAAGAAAAAGAAAGGACCUACAGAAAAGAAAUCACAGCCAAAUGGUCGUACAGUUGCUGAGCUGCAAGAGGAAGUCAGAGUGACCGAAGACAACCUGCCAGUAGUGCCACAUCAUUCUCCUCAAGUCAAGACAGAAAAGGCUUCUGAGGUAAAGAAGACCAAGAAGAAGCAGAAACAGGCAGUAAAGGAGGCUAAGACAGCUUCUUCUCAUGGCAAGGAAUCAGAGGAAGUCUCAGGCACCUGGGAGACCAAGGUCAGUAACAAGGAGAAGCGUGAGCAGCGCCGUAAAGACAAGACCACCGGUGACGGGUCAGGGAGCCCUGGAGGAGUGGAUCCUCUGCCCAGUACUCCUCCCACAGAGUCAACCAAGGCCAGCCCCAAAGCUGCAGCCCCUGGGUCUGGCUCUGAGAAGAAAGAGAAGAAGAAGAAAGGGGAAUCCUCCAAAACCGAAGCUGAGAAGGCAUAUGCCGUCCCUGCUGUUGCCGUCGUCACACCUCAAGAUAUUAGCAGCGAGGAGGCUCCGGUAGUGUCUGGAGAAUGGGCUGACCGGGCUGUGACAGCCCAAGAGGCCCCAGCCCUUACCAUUGUUCCUGAUCAGGAGCACUGGAACUCUCCUGAGAGCAACCAAGACACCUCUGUCUGGGGGCAGGAGACUGACGGUGGGUCUGCUGCUGCAGUGGACAGUAGCUCUGACUGGAUUGCCCCAGAGGUGGUGUGGGGGAACAAUGAGGAACUCCCUGCUCCAGUAGAGGCUGCCCCCCCUGGCCUGGAGGAGCCCCUGCCAGAGCCUGUCAAGCAGGGAUCUGGUGAAGAGAGAGAAAAGGCAGAGCCUGCCGCUGAUGGAGCUGGGAAAUCUAAAAAGAAGAAGAAGAAGAAGAAGCAGCAAGCUGAAGAUGCAGUAGUUACUGGCCAGGAGUCAGAGGAGCCAAAUAAAAAGGUUGUUACUGAGGCCAAGGUGAAGAAGCAGCCAAUCCAGGAGCCUGCUGCUCCUACUGUCCAGGCUGUCAACACUGCUGCUGUGGAGGCAAGAGUGGAGAAACCAGUGGUAGUUCAGAACAAAGCCCCUAUCACACAAGUGCCACCCCAACCCACAGAGACUACUGCCAAGCAGAACAGUCUACAUGUUCCAUCACAGAAAAAACCUGAAGAGAGCCAGCCUUCCAAACCAGUGAUGAAGAAGAAGCGAGCAAGAAGAGAAACAUGAGUUGGAGUCAUGAACAUGAUGAAGUUAUAUGCAAAGUACUUUGGAUUAAACAACCGCUGUUCAUCCUUUUAAAAAAAUUAAUGGAAAUAAAUUAACUUUGAGUUCUGACUGGCCAGCUUCAUGUCCAAAAUGCAGCCUGGUCAAGCGGACUGGAUCUAGAUUAACUGUAAAGCUAAAUUCUGCGAUUCUGAUCAAUAUCGUAGUUUGGGCACACACAUGAAAAUUGUUUCCAAUUCCAAUGAAUCUUUUGAAAGAUCAUGUUUGAUGAUUAGACAUCUAGAAAAUUAAUAAAUAAAUCCUGAUUUAAUAGUGAUUGUGAUGUUGUGGCUUUGAGAGGAAUAUUAUAGUGGAAGAGUCAGCCGAGUCACAUGUUAACAUUACAGGCUUUUAUUAUGCAGUCUUUUUGUUUGCUGUUUAUAUCGUGAACGGUAUUGGUGCAGUGACUCCUGCUCAAAUGGUCAAGUCCAACACUACAGAGUCGUGUUCAAUAGGGCACAUGGUAGCAAACUGUUUUGAAAGGGAAAACUAAAUAAGCGAUUGCUAUCCGACAAGUCCAGGUAGUCCUCCCUGUUUCAGUCCAUUUUGUACUGUUUGGUGCGUAAUGAACACGACCCAAGGGAAUCAUGUUUAGCAUUUGGGUGCAGGUGGUGUUAGUGGUAUCUCUACUGUUCUGCUGUACAUGGAAAAGAGACAUGCUUUCAGUUACUUGCUGUUAUUUUGACCAUCUGUGUUGUGCUCAGUCCGUGUAGGUGCUUCUACCAUUGAUGGCUGUGUUGUCCUGUCCACCUGUGGUUGAUGAUUCAAAAGUCCUCAACCUUUUGUAACCUCUUUGUAAUAAAAACGCUUCAAGCCAUAUGUAAAAAUAUUAAAAAUAAAAGGCCUUUUCUAUA